GUGAAGCCUUAGAUACCAAGGGAUCCAGGAAGCAAGAGGUACAAUACAAGAGGAGGCUUCGUCAAGCGAUCCGCAACGAGAACAAUAUUUUCCAGAAGACGGCCUUUGAAGUGUUAGAAAAUGCGCUCCAUCCACUUCACCGCUCACUGGAGUCCCUUGGCACCCGAAUUGAUGCUCUUUGCUCUCAAGUGGAACAGAUCAAACGUUCAAAUUGUAACCAGUAUGCUGAUAGGAACUACAGAUCAGAAGCAAACCCCGAGGCAGAAAAUCAGGAACAAACAGCUGUUUGUGAUGGAACUGUGAGAGAACCUGCAGCUGUUCAUUUGCGGUUUCUUGAUGAUUUCCUAAAAACCCCUGUUUACACAGAGCGCAAAUUAACAGCAGAAGGUGAUAAGGCUAUCGAGAUUGCCAUAUUCAGAGAUAACCAGAUAAUUACAUCCGGUCCACUUUCUUCUGCAAGAAUUGAAGUUGUGGCUCUUCAUGGUGACUUUCUUUAUGUUGUACCAUAUAAUUGGACCGAACGUGAUUUUACUGGAAGCAUAGUAAGCAAUCAUCUAGGGCCUACACUUGGAGGUGUUUGUCAAGUGAAGCUGAAGAAUGGGGUGGCCACUCUUAGUGAUAUCUCUUUCAAGAAAGUGUCCUCAAAGACUGACAGUGGAAAGCUCAUUCUGGCAGCAAGAGUUCAUAGAAGUGAUAAAGGUGGACUUCGAGUUAAGGAAGCUGUGAUGAAUGCUGUCGAGGUGCAGGUUCUGCGAAACCAAGUAAAUGAAAAGAGUAACCGUCCAAAGCUGAAAGAUGAAGUACACCGUUUGAACGGAAUUUCAAGAAAUGGGCAGCCCUUGAAGAAGCUUCAAGAGAGAGACAUCUACUAUGUGGAAGACUUCCUAAAGGCUAUUAAUAAGGAUAAAGAAAACAUCCGCAAUGACUGUUUCAACAUAAAGAAGGACAACAAGCGUUGGGAAGCCACAGUUAAACAUGCCAAGGAGUGUCACCUGGAAGGCAAUUGCAUGCUGAAAUUAUAUAGGGUUGAUGGCGAAAAUGUUGAGCUGUUCUUUAAUUGCAUACAUAGUCUUGUUGGAGCAAAGUUUAAUAGUUACUAUGUACCAACUGACAAGUUUAGUUUGGCUCAGGAGGUUCAAGUGGAUCUGUUGAAAAAAAAUGCAUAUGAUGAACUGGCUGGUAUUGAAUUUAGCUACGAAAUGAAAGAAGGUGGCCCCAUGCCUUUGUCUACAACUACAAACAGAGUUAUUGCUGGCGAGGUAUCUGUUUCCUUGACAGGCACUAAAGGACCACAUCCUCAAGGUGGAAUGAUUGUUCGACCAAGCACAUCAGAACCAAAUCUUCCUGAACCAGACAGCGCAAAUGGCUAUGAAGGUAAUCCAGAAAGUAGGCAGAUUAUUCACGAUUACCUACAAGUUGUUGCUGAUGUAGGGGCCCAAUUUUCUGAUAUCCUCCCACGUGAGGAAGUUUAUGGAGGUGGUCACUGCCUUGGAGCAACUCAAAAUAGAUGGGACACUAUCAAUGUUGACGGCGGCUUUUCUGAACUACCUGAUCUCGACAUUUCUGAACUAGAAAAUCAUGGGUCUCUAGGGUUGCCGGGAAUGAGUUGGCAGUGGCCGGAUUCAAACUGCUUUCUAGGUGAUAACUCUAUGGAAGCAUCUUCUUCUACUCAAAUCAACCUCCUACGAGUUCCAUUUCUUUAGGACCAUCACAUGAGUGACUGUAACCAGUUUACAGUAACUAGAAGGAGCAUCGACGUUCACACCUUUCACUGGACAGGAUAUGGGGGUUUCUUUCCAAAUAACAACAAAUCAGAACAAUUUGUUUGAUUUUCAUUUCGUUGCCAGGUUAUAUGAAGAUUGCCUGCUUUGUAAAAUGCGCAGAGAUCAGUGGAUUCUAAGAAUGUUGCACUAAGUUUAAGUUCCUCUGUUUUUGAGCAAACAUCUGGCCAACAGACUUGAGCUAUUCUGCUAUGUGAACAUGAGGCAGAUUACCAUUAACUGUUGUGAUGUGUGAUU